CUUGGGUUCAAGGUUCAGCGCAAUGACUGAUAUGUUUAUGGAGAAAGAUUAAAGGGCAAAGCUCUCAUUGAACAGUCAACAUCUGAGGACAGCGAAGAAGACAGGGGCGUUGAGGAGGCAUUCAGAAUGGCCCCCAAAGUAACCACAGAACUUCUGCGUCAGCUGAGGCAGACCAUGCGCUCCUCCAGAAGCCUGCCGGACCCUAUCCAGGCCUACAUUAUACCCUCGGGGGACGCGCACCAGAGCGAGUACAUCGCGCCGUGCGACUGCAGACGGGAGUUCAUAUCUGGCUUUAACGGCUCUGCCGGAACGGCCAUCGUCACCGAACAGAACGCAGCUCUGUGGACAGACGGACGUUACUUCCUACAGGCCGCUCAGCAGAUAGACAGCAACUGGACGUUGAUGAAAAUGGGGCUGAAAGACACCCCGACUCAGGAGGACUGGCUGGUAAAUGUGCUUCCAGAGGGCUCACGGGUUGGAGUCGAUCCUUUUAUCAUACAGACAGAUCAAUGGAAGACCAUGUCGCUCGCCUUAAAGAAUGCCGGCCAUUCUCUGGUUCCCGUGCAAGAAAACCUCAUCGACGCCAUCUGGACAGACCGUCCGCCAAGACCUUGCCAGUCGCUGAUAACGCUGGGUCUCAAGUACACAGGCGUUUCAUGGAAAGAAAAGAUUGAAGCCCUCAGAGCCAGCAUGGCAGAGAGGAAGGCGUCCUGGAUCGUCCUGACCGCGUUGGAUGAAGUUGCAUGGCUCUUCAAUCUGAGAGGGUCAGACGUGGAGUACAAUCCCGUGUUCUUUGCUUACGCCAUCAUAGGAACAAAGUGCAUUAGGCUGUUUAUUAGUGGCGACCGUCUCGCUGACCCAGCGGUGAGGGGGCACCUUCUGCUCGACUCGUCUCCCCCCGAGGAAUUUAAAGUCCAGCUGGAGCCCUACGAGUCUGUGCUGCCAGCGCUGGAGAGCAUCUGUGCCGGCCUGGCCCCCAAAGAGAGAGUGUGGAUAAGCGACAAGGCCAGCUACGCGCUGACAGAGGCCAUCCCGAAGAAUCACAGGUCCCUCACCCAGUAUACCCCCAUAUGCCUGGCAAAGGCUGUGAAAAAUGCUUCGGAAAUUGAGGGUAUGAGACGGGCCCAUGUGAAGGACGCUGUUGCUCUCUGCGAAUUGUUUAACUGGCUGGAGAAGGAGAUUCCUAAAGGAUCGGUGACCGAAAUCUCAGCCGCCGACAAGGCCGAGGAGUUCCGCAGCCAACAAGAGGAUUUCGUUGAGCUCAGUUUUGCUACGAUAUCGAGCACCGGACCGAACGGAGCCAUCAUUCAUUACCAACCUGUUCCCGAGACGAACCGAACACUGUCUCUAAACGAGGUUUUCCUUUUGGAUUCCGGAGCCCAGUACAAGGACGGCACUACAGAUGUCACGAGAACGGUGCACUUCGGGAGCCCCACCGACUACGAGAAGGAGUGUUUCACGUUCGUGUUACGAGGACACAUCGCUGUGAGCUCGGCCGUGUUUCCCAAUGGAACUAAAGGGCAUCUCCUGGAUUCUUUUGCCCGCUCUGCGUUAUGGGAACACGGUCUGGACUAUCUGCAUGGAACCGGCCACGGCGUGGGUUCUUUCCUCAAUGUCCACGAAGGGCCGUGCGGCAUCAGCUACAAAACCUUUGCCGACGAGCCCCUGGAGGCCGGGAUGAUCCUUUCAGACGAGCCUGGAUACUACGAAGACGGAUCGUUUGGAAUAAGGAUUGAGAACCUGGUGCUGGUUAUUCCCGCUAAAACCAAGUACGACUUCAAGAACCGCGGGAGUCUGACUUUCGAGCCGAUUACCCUGGUUCCCAUACAGACGAAAAUGAUCAAUAUCGAAAUGCUGACUCAGAAAGAGGUCGACUGGGUGAACGAGUAUCACAAGCAGUGCAGAAACAUCGUGGGGGCCGAGCUGGAAAAACAGGGACGCCAGGAAGCCCUCCAAUGGCUGAUAAGGGAGACCGUCCCCAUCAGCAAAGUGCAUUAGUGUUUUUUAAUGUUUUGUACCCAUUUUUCCACUGACACGGUAUGCAGUUGCUCCCCGGCAUUGAGGGGUUAAUGCUGAAGGGUAAAUCUCAGUGUCUAUCAUCAGAUUAGCAAAUCUAAUAAAAUCUGCCAUUCGAACAG